AUGUUAACAUUUUGUUAUGUGGGUUUCACGGAACUCUCUUUGGCUCUUCCAGGUGUCACAACCAGACCUAAAUUACAGAUACCAGAGGCACCAACACCAUUCUUCAAUAAAGAGCAUAUCAAGCGUGUCGAAAAGAUACGUUCACUCAACAGUAUCGAUGUACUGUCAAACUCUCAUUAUAGAAAUAGCAACGCCGCAAAGAACAGUGUCUUGGAUGCCACUGCUACCACGGUUGGCGAACGUGAUGCUCUCGUCGCACUGUACGACCAGUGUGGAGGAAACGACUGGACCAUGAAAUCAAAUUGGAAAGUCUCUGAUCCUUGUACCAACAAUUGGUACGGUGUCAUUUGUAACCCGAAUGGCCAGGUGACAUCUCUGAUUUUGGAGGAGAAUAACUUGGUCGGAAGUCUACCACAGCAACUAGAGAAUUUAAUUCACUUGGAAUCAAUCAUUUUGGAUGGUAACCUACUUACUGGACAGAUUCCAAAUAUUUUCGAAACAAUGACAAAUUUAAGUGUAAUACAAUUACAAAAUAAUUUAUUAGAAGGUGAUAUAUCAUGGACAGAGAAACUACCGUUGAAUAUAACAUAUUUAUGGAUUGCAGGUAAUCAAUUCACUGGUGAAAUACCAAAGACAUGGCCAAAGUAUACAAAGUUGGAUUUAAUCUUUGUUGAAUUGAAUAGAUUGGAGGGUACCAUUCCAGAAGAAAUUGGAAAUAUGGAGAGUUUAAGAUUAUUUGAUAUUGGUUUUAAUAAUAUUAUUGGUUUUAUUCCAGAAACAAUUUCAAAUCUAAGUAAAUUAACACAUUUUUGGGCAUAUGAUAAUAAGUUAUCUGGUAAUUUACCAUUGUCUAUCGGUAAUAUGUCAAAUGUUCAAAUGAUAGAGUUUACUAGAAACAAUUUAUCAGGUGAGAUUCCAAGUAAUAUCUUUAACCAUAAAACAACAUUUCAGAGUAUCAGAUUAAGUGGAAACAAAUUCCAUGGAUCACUCGAUUUUGUUUGUGGUUUGACCGAUAUUGUCGAAAUUCUUUUGGAUGACAAUCUAUUCACAGUAUUACCGAAUUGUAUGGACUCGGCACCAACCCAUUUGGUAGAUUUUGUACUCUCUGGUAAUCGUUUGACCGGUACCAUUCCAGAGUCUUUUGGUAACCUGACAAGUCUUAGAUUUAUCAAUUUCAGAAAUAAUAAUUUGAGAGGAGCAAUCCCCCAAAGUCUCUCUAAAUGUGUCAAUCUCUCCAGACUGGAUAUCUCUGAAAACAGCUUCGAUUGUACACUCUAUGAAGUUAUUGGUCCAGUUAAAAAAUUAUCUUGGAUUAGUAUUAUUAAAGCAAAUGAUAAUAAUAUUACAGGAGAGUUUAUUGAAGAUAUGUUUUGGGAUUCCGAUUCAGAGAAAGAGUUAUUAAAGAGUAUUUUCAUUAUGGAUCUUUCAAACAAUAAGUUGUCUGGUGCAAUAUCCGAUUAUCUCUCUUGGAUGCUAUCUUUGACUCACCUGGAUCUCUCUUACAAUAAUUUUGAGGGACCUAUUCCAAACGUAUUGAACUACCUAAGCGAAUUGUACUUGGAGGCGAAUCAAUUGAGAUCCGAAGAUGGUGGUAUUCCGACAUUUAUGAAACCUUCCCUGAAUUUCAUAAGAAUGGGAUCGGACAACUAUGCCUGUCCAACACUCAUCGGUAACGCUUCCGAUAUGAGAAUCACCAUCGAUCCUGCCUACUACCACUUUACACUUUGUUCUUGUAUCGCUGGAACUACCGGUGUGAACGGAUCCUGUAAUCCAUGUCCAGAUCAUGCAAUCUGUAAAGGCAAUGGUACCAAUAUCAUUGUUCCACCAGGUUACUAUCCUGUUCCCACUUUUGACGAUCCUAAAUCACUGUGUAAAGAAGGAUUUACCGAUCGUUUAUGUGCACGUUGUGUAUCAGGUUAUUUUACUAAAGGUGUUGACUGUGUAAGAUGUCCUGAAAAUCCAAAAUCUGGUAUUAUUUUUGCAUUUGUAUUAUUAAUAUUUAUAUUAUUAUUUAUAUUCUUUGUCUUAACUGAUCCAAAGAGAUCACUUCCAUCGGCAACUCGUAAAACCAUUGUAUUUUAUUAUCAAGCAUUGAAUUUAUUAUUAUCUAAAUUAUCACCAUGGCCAAAAUUAUUUGGUUUCUAUUUCACAUCAUCUAGUUUUAUUAAUUUUUCAUUUGGAUUCUUGUGUAUUGGUGAUAUUUCGAGAUGGCCAAAUCUAUUCUUGGUUAUUAUUUGUUUGCCACCGGUGGUAGCUGCAGCCACAUCGAUAUUCCUUUUCGUUAUCUACUUGGUUUACUUCAUUAGAAAGAUUCCAUUUGAAACAAGAUGGUUGAGAUCAUGCUUCCGUGUCAAUUUGGUAGUUCUGAAUUUCCUCUAUUUACCACUGUGCAUCUAUAUUCUACAGAAUUACAGUUGCACUGCCGAUUCCUAUAGUGGCGAUAAAUACAUGUCGUUCUUCCCAUGGAUCAACUGUAGUGAACCGGACGGUGUCUACCAAGACAUCUUCAAGGUGACAGUUGUGGCCACCAUCGUCUAUGUCAUCGGUAUUCCAGCGUUGUUCACAGCGCUGCUCUUCCACUAUCGCUCGAGACUGGACGAUCCGUUUGUAUUGUCAUUCGUCGGAUCACUCUACAUCGACUAUCGUAAAUCGAUCUACUACUAUGAGAUCAUUGGUUUGGGUCGUCGUUUCAUGAUGGCAGUCUCACUGGCUUUGAUCGAUCCAAAGUCUUCGUUCUCAGUGUUCGUCGUGCUCCUGGUAAUAGGUGGUUCAAUUAUCUCACAGAUCAGUCUGCGUCCUUUCAUCUACAAGAUCUCCAACUACUCAGAGUUGAUCGGUAUCAGUGUGUUGCUAUUCAGCUACAUCUGCAUCAUGAUUCUCUCAUCGAUGCAAGCAACCAAUCAAUACGAUGGAAUAGGCAUUCAAAUUAUAUUGGCAGUGGUAAUCAUCGGUUACACUGUCUACUUAGGAUUGCUAUUCCUCUUCAGUUUGAAAUACUUCCUGCCAAAGAAGAUACAGGUCAAGUUGGAUGAACGACUCUCAGUUAUAUUCGACCGAUUUAGAAGAUGGAAGAUCCAGCGAGAUCAACAAAGACAGCUACAAGAGGAAGAGGAUGAAUUGUUCUAUCAAUCGAUAGAUCCUAUCUUUAAGCGAUCGAGUACAGCCAAUCUGAUUGAUAACGUCACCAACGAAAGCUACGGAAUCGAGCUAAGACGUAGAAACCCAACACUUUCACAAUCGACACCGAUCGUUCCACUUCAAACAUCAAUAGCAGUACAGAGCAGUCCACCAAAGACAUCUAGUACUAGUUCACCUAAUCUCUCCACACUACAGGAGAACAUCUCCUCCAACGAAAAACAACCUUCACAAACAUCAUUGACGAAUAGUAAUGGUAGUACAAAUAGUAAUAAUAAUAAUAGCAAUAGCAAUAACAAUAAUAAUAAUAAUAAUAAUAAUCAAGAGCUUAUUAAUAAUGAUAAUGAAAUUAAUAAUGAUAAUCAAAGAGUAAAUUAA